CUUCCGUCGCCACCAGGAAAGAAGAUGAAGCUAAAUCCGAAAGCCGCGUCAUUUGUGCCGACGUUUGGCACGUGGGGUGUGCCGCCACCUCCGGUGCCGACAGACAACAAGGUCUACUACGACGAAUACGUGGAGGAGUCUUAUGACCCGAACGCGUACCCGUCUCAAGACUAUGACGACGACGGCGGCGACGACGAGAUGAACGAACUACUAGCAGAGAUCGAACGCAUGCAGAUGGAAGCUGACUUGACACGGGAGUUGGAAUCAUUGAAGGCGCAGGGACGAAGUGAUGAUGCGGAUUUGUGGAACAAGUGGAUGGCGGGGGCGCCGUCUCCCCGAGCCAUCACAUACCAAGACGACCACACUCCGCUUUAUGCCCAAUCGGGCCACCACAACCACCACCAAAGCAACUCGUCCCCCCGCCACCACAAGAAAGCGAGUCCGCCUUACGCACAGCACACCAGUCGACAUCACUUUGCCGACAACAGUCCCCGUCAGAGUCCACGAAACAGCGGCGCACCGCAGUACCAGCCGUCGUCCCAACCACGAAGUAGUUACACCAGUCGAGCAAUAUACCAACCCCGAGCGUCCAACUACUAGCCCAGGCAUAAUGUAGUAAGUAGCUCACGCGUACAAAGGACAAUACGUUUCCUGCUCAUGUUUCAUCAUGCCGUCCGUAUUCGUGUCCACGUCGCAUUCAACAUCUACGACGAGGACAUCUAGAGCUUGGCCGUCAACUUGAGCGCUUGGUCCGCUUCCAUCACAUGGCGCAUUUCAAGCAAACUCUCUUCGAGCAAGUGGCCAAACGACCGCGCCACCGACGGCUGGCCUUCGAUGGACUUGCGGCACGCAAUGUUGAAAUGCACAGAGUUCUUCUUGAUGCUGUACGCAAUCCCGACACCAUCCGGCACAACUUCGCCCCAUCCCCACCCGUCAAACAAGUCGUGGGUCAAGUGACUCGUGGAAAUCUGUCCCAUGAACGAUGACCACAUGCCGCAGCGUCAGGCAGUCAGUCGUACCUGCCAAUACUUGGACCGGGCAAACACUGGGUCGUCAAACAGGGCGGCCGACUCGCCAGGUUGCAGGCACAGCCGAAGGCCCAGCAAGUGGCGGUCCACGCCCUUGGAUUGCGCCGCAAUCUUCAUGUACUUGACAUGCGCGUUGCAUGCAUCGCGACACAGUCCCGCCUGUGCCGUGAAAAAGCAAUAUUGUUUGUUGUUCAGGCAGUAAAAGCCAAAAAUAAACACUCGAGCAGUGGGUUUGUU